AAAUUCUCAAGAGACAGCCGGUAGAGGCAGGAAGAGCACAGCUAGCUAUUAGCUGAGCUCUAUACAGUUCGUUAGCGGUGUCUGGAACACUGCAGUGUAAAGUGUGCACGGGCUACGCACCGUGUUUUUCGUCAGCUGGGUGAUCGGUCCGCACAGGUGUCUCGGUGUCCGUAGCUCGUAAACAAGGCACCGUUCAGCUGUUGUCCUGGACCGCCUGCGGGAGGAGACGCCGCCAGUGUGCAGAGCGUGGCCAUGGCGUCCGGAGCUCUUCUGUGGGAGCCGGGACUAAGAGUGUGGCUGGGUCUGAAGGGCCAGUGGCUACCAGCCUGGGUAUCUCAAGUCACCUCAACUGCAAUCACCUUCACCAGCCAGUACAAUGGAGAGUCCUACCCACUUCCCAGGGCCUCCCUAACCUCAGACUACUUGAUGCCGAUGCAUCAGACCAGUAUUGAUACAGUGGAGGACAUGGCCAACCUUGGGGAUCUUCACGAGGCAUCCAUACUCUUCAACAUACAGCAGAGAUACCUCAAAGACUUCAUCUACGUACGUAGUAUGCUACCAUAAUACUAUGUACGUAUGCUAUAUACCAUAAUACAAAGACUUGCUACAAAAAGUAGCU